CCAUAAUCCUCCGUGCCCGGUUCCUCUUUCCUCGCUCAAGAUGGCGCUGCUCGCGAUACAUUCUUGGCGUUGGGCAGCCGCGGCGGCUGCUUUCGAAAAACGCCGGCACUCGGCGAUUCUGAUCCGGCCUCUGGUAUCUGUCCGAGGCUCAGAUCCGCGAUGGAGAGCACCUCAGCGCGGCGCCUCGGGAACUACUCGAAUCUUCCAGCAGAUCCCAGAGUUAUUAAGAAAUACCACAUGGCAGAGAUUGGGAAAAGGCAAUUCAAGAGAGUUAUUAGAUGCUACAAAGGUUCUCCAGGUAUGGCCACUGAUAGAAAAGAGAACAUGUUGGCAUGGUCAUGCAGGAGGAGGACUCCACACAGACCCAAAAGAAGGGUUAAAAGAUGUUGAUACUCGGAAAAUCAUAAAAGCAAUGCUUUCUUAUGUAUGGCCCAAAGACAGGCCAGAUCUGAGAGCUAGAGUUGCCAUUUCCUUGGGAUUUUUGGGUGGUGCAAAGGCCAUGAAUAUUGUUGUUCCCUUCAUGUUUAAAUAUGCUGUAGACAGCCUCAACCAGAUGUCGGGAAACAUGCUGAACCUGAGUGAUGCACCAAAUACAGUUGCAACCAUGGCAACAGCAGUUCUGAUUGGCUAUGGUGUAUCAAGAGCUGGAGCUGCCCUUUUUAAUGAAGUUCGAAAUGCAGUAUUUGGCAAGGUAGCCCAAAAUUCAAUCCGAAGAAUAGCCAAAAAUGUCUUUCUCCAUCUUCACAACCUGGAUCUGGGUUUCCACCUGAGCAGACAGACUGGAGCUUUAUCUAAGGCUAUUGACAGAGGGACAAGGGGUAUCAGUUUUGUCCUAAGUGCUUUAGUAUUUAAUCUUCUUCCCAUCAUGUUCGAGAUGACACUUGUCAGUAGUGUUUUGUAUUACAAAUGUGGUGCCCAGUUUGCAUUGGUAACCCUUGGAACACUCAGUGCAUACACAGCAUUCACAGUUGCAGUCACACGAUGGAGAACUAGAUUUAGAAUAGAAAUGAACAAAGCGGAUAAUGAUGCAGGUAACGCUGCUAUAGACUCACUGCUGAAUUAUGAAACUGUGAAGUAUUUUAAUAAUGAAAAAUAUGAAGCACAGAGAUAUGAUGGAUUUUUGAAGACAUAUGAGGCUGCUUCCUUGAAAAGUACCUCUACUCUGGCUAUGCUGAACUUUGGUCAAAGUGCUAUUUUCAGUGUCGGUUUAACAGCUAUAAUGGUGCUCGCCAGUCAGGGAAUUGUGGCAGGAACCCUUACCGUUGGAGAUCUUGUAAUGGUGAAUGGACUGCUUUUUCAGCUUUCAUUACCUCUUAACUUUCUGGGAACUGUGUACAGAGAAACUAGACAAGCACUCAUAGAUAUGAACACCUUGUUUACUCUACUCAAGGUAGACACCCGAAUUAAAGACAAAGUGAUGGCAUCUCCCCUUCAGAUCACACCACAGACAGCUACAGUGGCCUUUGAUAAUGUGCAUUUUGAAUACAUUGAGGGGCAAAAAGUCCUUAGUGGAAUGUCUUUUGAAGUCCCUGCUGGAAAGAAAGUGGCCAUUGUAGGAGGUAGUGGGUCAGGGAAAAGCACAAUAGUGCGGCUAUUGUUUCGCUUCUAUGAGCCUCAAAAGGGUAACAUUUACCUUGCUGGUCAAAAUAUUCAAGAUGUGAGCCUGGAAAGCCUUCGAAGGGCAGUGGGAGUAGUGCCGCAGGAUGCUGUCCUCUUCCAUAAUACUAUUUACUACAACCUCUUAUAUGGAAACAUUAGUGCUUCACCUGAGGAAGUGUAUGCAGUGGCAAAAUUAGCUGGACUCCAUGAAGCAAUUCUUCGAAUGCCACAUGGAUACAAUACCCAAGUAGGGGAACGAGGACUCAAGCUUUCAGGAGGAGAAAAGCAAAGAGUAGCAAUUGCAAGAGCCAUUUUAAAGGACCCCCCAGUCAUUCUCUAUGAUGAAGCUACUUCAUCAUUAGAUUCAAUUACUGAAGAGGCUAUUCUUAGAGCCAUGAGGGAUGUAGUCAAACACAGAACUUCUAUUUUCAUUGCACAUAGAUUGUCAACAGUGGUUGAUGCAGAUGAAAUCAUUGUCUUGAAUCAGGGUAAGGUAGCUGAACGUGGUACCCACCAUGGUUUGCUUGCUAACCCAGGCAGUAUCUAUUCAGAAAUGUGGCACACACAGAGCAACCGUGUGCAGAACCAUGAUAACCCCAAAUGGGAUGCAAAGAAAGAAAGUAUGUCCAAGGAGGAGGAAAGGAAGAAACUACAAGAAGAAAUUGUCAACAGUGUGAAAGGCUGUGGAAACUGUUCCUGCUAAGUCACAUGAGACAUUUUCUGGUUUUGUUUUGGACUACUCAUUUGCACUGAAACAGAAUUGUUUUAUUAAAAGCAAAGUCAUACAUUCCCAUUUCCUAUACUCCUUCUUUUAUGUAAGACUGAUCUAAAGGGGAAUUUGAAUUUUACAUCUUUCACAGUCUAUUUAAGUGUGCUAUCUGUAUUUAUCCCCAAUUUAUUUUCUUAUUAUUGCCCUGGUUUUGUUCAGCACAUAAAUUUUGGUUACUGUUUGUUUAUCUACCCUAUUACCCUUUAUGAGACCUCACAUCCAUUUGAUAUCCAUAAUCAUAUGAAUCAGAUAUGGUUUCUUUAUUUGUGUAGUUUCUUUAAAACCUCCUUGAUUCUGACAAUUUAGAGGGCAAGAGGCUGUUUCUUAAAGAAAAACAGGACAGGACAGCUUCCUUGUUUCCCCUCUCUCCCUCCUCCAGUUGAAAUACUUCAUUGAUAUGAAAAUGAUAUGAUAAGCACAUUUAAAUACUUUGUCAAAAGUGGACAUAUAUUUAUAGCUGUGAUCUCUUCAUUGGUAGAUACCUUUACUUACAGGUUUUGAAGUAUUUGCUGCUAUGUACUUUUUGGAGGAAAACUCAUAAUUCUCUUGUUGGUGUGUAGAAAAUUCCUCAUCAUUAACAGGUACUAUAAAUAUCAUCUAGUGAUUGAAAUUUAAUUUUUCCAUCAAAAUGAGGCAUUGCUUUUGUUCCUGAGCAAAAGUUGUCCAUUUUUCUGUAAAACCUUCUAAACUAUGAUAUAAUUUGAGAAUUGCUAUACUAGGAGUGAACUAAAAAGCUUAGGAAGUUAAUGGCCUUUUCUAUUUCCAUCUUAAAAACACUGCUUUUGCUCUCUGAAAUUGUACAAAGAAACAAGUAAACAGGAUGUGUGCUUGUUCAUGCUCA